CAAAUGAAGACAUGGGUGGCACCAGUGUCUUCCCUUAGGGCGCGUGGAGAAAUAAUUGGGGGAGGUGGGGCUUGCACCACCACGUACAAGGUACCCUGUACUACCACCAGAGCGCACCGUCGUCAUCCACCGAGGGUCUGUUUUCCCAAACCGAAUGCUACUACGACAAACGCAUCUCCGCCAUGGAGUGGUGCCAUUAGCAAAGGGCAGAGAACAAGAGAAACAUGAAGGGGGGAAAAAAGAAGAAGAAGAAAAGGGGGGGAGCACGUAUUACAGAGGGAGGAGAUGGAAAGGCGGAGACACGCGAAUACACAGCAUACAAUAUACAACUUAUCUUGGCUCACCUACAGUCAUUCACUGUUCACUCAACGUAUCGUACCUCACGUGCCUAGCCCUUUCAUCUGCACCGGUGCCCUUCAAUGCAUCGCAACGCCAUCCCAAUCUAGCCCUAGGCAUGCAGCUAACGCACUUGCGUUCUGGAAGGCCAGGUCCGGAAUGUCAAUCGCACAGACUGGAUGGUAAAUCGCCUUAUUACGGUGGAGGUGAGACAUGGACACUGGCGGGUUGGGUACAAGUACGAUGGUACCAAGCCGAAGUUAUUGCCCUGCUAGGUAACCAAUGCUUACCCCCUGCUACAGGACUUCUCUGUUGGUGAAUAUUUCCCCUUUAUUAUGAUGCCAGCUAUGGGGUGUAAUAUCAUAGGGAGCAAUGACUUUCCCCUGCUACCUGGUAC